ACCCACUCCUGCUGCCCACCACCACCUCCACCUCCACAUUUACCUCCACCCCCCCUUCAACUCCGUGCUCACAUAAACUCGGAAGUACAAGUAUCUGCGAGUCCCGCCCACUGCUCCUCGCUAGAAAAUAAUUCCUCAUCUUCUACUCGUUACCACCCCCACUGAGCUCGAGCAUACAACCAUCUGCCUCUGCCAGCUCCACCACUCCGACAAAUCACCCCCACCAACCAACAACAAGCUUUUACUCGUACUAUACAGCUCGAAAUGACUGUCCUGCCUAUCACUCCCCCCUCCGAGACCGAGCCCCGCUUCCAGAAGGACGUUCGUGGAUUUGGAACUCGUGCCGUACAAGCCGGUGCCCCUCACGACCCUGUCACCGGUGCUGUGAUCGAGCCUAUCUCGCUGUCCACCACCUUCGCCCAGACAUCCCUGGGUCGUCCGAUCGGUGAAUAUGAGUACACCCGCAGCUCGAACCCCAACCGUAACAACUUCGAACAUGCCGUUGCUGCCCUUGAGAACGCCCACUAUGCUCUCGCCUUCUCUUCGGGCCUUGCCGCUAUGGCCAUCACGCUCCAAGCCCUCGCUUCCGGCUCGCAUGUGAUCUCGAUCGCGGAUCUGUACGGUGGCACCCAUCGUUACUUUACCAAGAUCGCACACACGCACGGCAUCCGAGUCUCGUUUACCGGCUUGAUCGAGGUCGAUGUGAGACGGCUGCUCGAGGAGAACCCAGACACGAAGCUGGUCUGGAUCGAGACGCCGAGUAACCCCACACUCACUCUGGUCGACAUCCAGGCCGUGGCCGAGGUCGCGCACGAGUACGGUGUUUACGUGGUCGUCGACAACACCUUCCUGAGCCCUUACGUGCAGAAUCCGUUGGACCACGGUGCUGAUGUGGUGCUCCACUCGGUCACCAAGUACAUCAACGGACACAGUGAUGUUCUGAUGGGUGUCACCGCAUUCAACUCGGCUGAAAUCAACGAGCGCAUGAGCUUCCUCCAGAACGCCAUCGGUGCAGUCCCUUCCCCCUUCGACUGCUGGCUCGCCCACCGCGGUCUCAAGACCUUGCACCUGCGCGCCCGUGCUGCGAACGAGAGUGCAACCGCCAUUGCCGCGGCGCUCCAAGCAUCCCCCAACGUUCAGUCCGUCAACUACCCAGGCCUGAGCUCGCACCCCCAGCGCAAGAUCGCCGUCAAGCAGCACCGCAAGGGUAUGGGCGGUGGUAUGCUCAGCUUCCGCAUCAAGGGUGGCCGCCACGCCGCCGAGCGCUUCUGCCAAAUGACCAAGAUCUUCACCCUGGCCGAGAGCUUGGGUGGUGUCGAGAGUCUUUGCGAAGUCCCUGCGGCGAUGACGCACGCCGGUAUCCCUCGAGAGUCCCGCGAGGCUACUGGUAUCUUUGACGACCUGAUCCGCCUGAGUGUGGGCAUCGAGGACACCGACGACCUAGUCGCCGAUAUUGUCCAGGCCGUCGACGCCGCCAUCGAGCUAAGCUCCGAUGAGACAUCCUCGGGCUCUUCUACCCCAUCCGAUGUGGUCGAGUUGGUCGUAUAGAGCGGAGCGGUGUGUGGUGUGUCGUUUGUGGUGUCUGGGGCUUGUGCUUCCGGCUUCAUCCUGGUGUGCAUAGCAUUUGCAUAUAUGUUUUCCCUUUGCUUCUUGAGGUGUAACGUUUGAAAUGCGGGCAAAACU